AUGUCCCUUCUUCACAAUGAAGACUUUACCAUAUGGCAGUUGCGAUCUUCUUAUCUUUCAACAAUCAAGGACGGCAUUGGUGACCGCCUGAUCAACGUAAACAACGCCGUUCUCAACACACCAGGUUUUCGCGCGGCGGGCUGGUCAGCUGCGACUGCAGGGAGUGCUCAUACCGCUAGCCACAUCAAGCGUACCUAUUCUCCUCCAAUUCCGACCACGGCCGCUGUUUCUUCACAGUACUACCGACUAGCUGUACGGGACGCGAACGCUGCACGUGAUGAACUCCAGGGCCUCGGCCUAGAGGACGGCGAGGACGACGAAGGGGGCAUGGUCACUGGCAAAAGCCAUGGGGAUAUUACAGCACGAAGGCACCAUGCACGGGUGGGCAAGAAGAAAGGCCGGCGAGAACGGCAGCAGGAAGUCCAGCGUCAGGCCGACGAGGACGAUGACAGCAGUGAUCUGAGCGACGAGAGUGACGAAGAGACGGAAAGCAUGCACAGCACUGUCGAUCAGAUCAAGUUCUCCAAGAUGCCCAUCCGCCGAGAUCGCUCCGAUUCCUCUCCAACUCGCGAACAGCGCGAACGCCCGGGACUUCUGAUAACAUCUCCUGCGACCCAGGAUGCUGCCACGCACAAUAGCAUGGGGUCUGCUGGAGCUGCAGGAACAAAUCAUGAUCAAUUGCGACAACCGCAACGACCGCGCCGAGAUACCACUACCAGCAGUGAGCUGUCCACGGACAAUGAGGUCGAACCACAGAGCUACAGACCGGGCCAAGUACAGUUCUCUACAAUGGAUCAGGUUUCUGAGCGGCCACGUAGGCGACGAGAAAGGACCGGUAGUCGUGGCGCAGAGAGCAUCGCGCUGGGGGACUUGCACGAAGAGGAUGAGGACUCCGGAGCCGAGUCUGUCGACUCUGCCCUCUCUUCUGAGUUCGACGCCACAGCGGGAUCUGGCUCCCUACUACUUGCUGGUGUGGGCAUCAACGGCAGUCUAGGCAUGGAUGCUUCCUCGCCAAUGGUUUUGAUGCACAAGCUCCCCGCUGGGACUGGACCAAGCCAAACCUCAUCUCCGCGAAAAUUGAAGACUCCGGCUCCUGAAUUACAUGAUCUUCCGCCUCCACGACCUAUCAGCACAUUACAGCCUGUCAGCCUAUUGACAAGUCAACUCAAAUCGCGCGAACGCGCCCCAAGUAACCCGGUGGAGAAAUUCAUGGUACUCUCUGGAAGAGGACAGGAAGAUCCAUUGUACUUGAAGAUUUAUGUCCCCUUCUCAUCGGAUCCCGAGGAUCCGCUGGAUAUGCCGCUUGUGCGACAGUCUAAGCUCUCGGAACAACCUGCACCGGUAACUGUUGCAGAGACAAUUGGUCUUGCGCUCUGGAAGUACUCCGAAGAUGCCCGUGUACCGUCCAUUGAACGCGAAAAGCUGAGCGUGAACCGGUGGGCUCUGCGCAUGGUCGAUGACGGAGAGGUUGAAUACGAUUUCCCAGCGCUUGGGCGGACGCUCCCUAUGACCGAUUUCACAUCGAACAACAACCAGGCCGCAAAAGCACGGGGUCGUUCACGAGGCAAGCCAUACGAUGAGUUUGCACUUGUAGAAGCUUCCAGUGCGGAAUUUGACGAGAACGAGCGUCUUUACCCGAAAUUUAGCGCGAGCAUAGGCUCCGAUGAAAGCGAACAGCCAGCCACUCUCGCAGUUCCGGGUACUCAGGUUGCCGCACCGGCGAAGACUCCUGGUCCUCGCCUGAACCCUAUACUGGGUCAACCUUUCUCGUCUGCGUUGAACGAUACUACUUUGACCCCUGCCGACCGACCGGUGGUCCCUAUCUCGCAUGCCACUCCUCGCAUGGGCGUUUCCAAGACUUUGAAAAUUCGGUUCAUUAACUUGGAAGGCUCAGCACACGUCAUGACCUUAAACACAACGUCAGACAGCUAUAUUGCAGAGAUCCUAGACUCUGUGUGCAAGCGCUGGGGUCUAGACAAGGGUAAUUAUCUACUCAAGGUAAUGGGAUCGAAUACCAUUGCACCACUUGACCGUACUGUGGAGGCAUUGGGCAAUAUCAUUGAGCUCGACCUUGUGCGCCGACGCUUUGGAGCAGGGCCUCUUUCUCUCGGUGGCUCUCCAGGUAGUUCGUCACCGAACGCACCUUUGCAAGUCGACAGCAACAACCCUACAGCAUUAGACAAGGGCAAGAAGGGCAAGAAGAACGUUCAGCGCAUGCUCCCAUCAUCCUCGCAGAAACAAGAUCUCAUUGGUGGCUACUACCGCCGUUACCACGUCUUCCGCAAACAACCCAUGUCAUUUACCGCCUCGAAUCACCGCAUCUUAACAUUUGACAAUGACUACAUGCACAUUGUGCCGGGAGAAACAGGCAAGACCGCCUCCGAUACAAAGACUCGCUCGAUCAACUUCAAUGACGUGGUGGGCUGCAAAGUCAGUCGGCGGCACCCGAAGAGCUUCCGGGUCGUGGUUCUGCGCGGAAAUGAUGCCACAGAACAGAAAAGGUACGACUUUGAAGCACGGAAUGCGCUAGAAGCCAUUGAGAUCGUGGACGAGAUCAAGAAGAACAUGGCGCAUUAUCGCAUUUGA